AAGCUCAGGAUCCAACAGUACGAUUUCGUAGCCACAAGAGGAGCAACACAUUUUCGAAUAUAAUUCCAAACAUUGAGAAUGAAUUUGCUGAAAAUCGGCGCUUUGCUGCUGGUGCUAUCGAUGGCCUUGCAUCAAAGCAUUGGCAGAACCGUUUGUGGGCCCGCUCUGGAUGAGGUGCUCAGCGCCAUCUGCGUGCAUGGCUUCAACACAAAAUUCAAGAAAUCAAUGGAAUGGGAUCAGCUGGGCAAUAAUGCUGUGGAAGAUGAGCUAGCUUUCCCUUAUGCCAGAUUUCCCUUUUUGGCCGAAAUUCGCGGCGGUCAGCUGAAUACAUUGGCGAAAAUUCGCCGACAUCGUGACACGAUCGUAACCGGUGUCUAUGAUGAAUGUUGCAACAAGGACUGCACUUACAAUGAAAUUCUCUCGUACUGCAAUCGGUUUGAGUAAACUAGUUGGCUCAGCAAAGAAUCGCAUUGAAUAAAUGGUUUUUGGCUUUUACAAGGUUCUAUCAUAAGACUCCCUUUUGCAAGAAGAUUCUUUAAAAAUCUUUGAAUUUAUGUUAAUAAAAUAUGUUACUGCAUAACAAACAA